CCACAGCAUGGCGGGGGCGGGGCUGGGCGAGGCGCGCGCCGAGCAGGCCGGGGAGCCCCUCGCCCCGGCCCUUUGAGCCCGGACCGGACAGAGAUGUGAUAAUGGAUCAUCAUGUUUCCACCAUCAAACCUCGAAGAAUCCAAAACCAAAAUGUCAUUCACCGCCUGGAACGCCGGCGGAUCAGUUCAGGCAAGGCAGGCACCCACUGGCACCAGGUCCGAGUGUUCCACCAGAAUGUCUUCCCCAACUUCACGGUCGUCAAUGUUGAAAAGCCGCCUUGUUUCUUGCGUAAAUUCUCACCUGAUGGACGCUACUUCAUUGCUUUCUCUUCAGACCAGACAUCUCUCGAAAUCUAUGAGUACCAGGGCUGCCAGGCAGCUGAGGACCUACUGCAGGGCUAUGAGGGGGAGAUCCUGUCCAAUGGCAAUGACCAGCGGUCAGUCAACAUCCGUGGCCGGCUCUUCGAACGCUUUUUCGUCCUGCUGCACAUUACCAAUGUGGCGGCCAAUGGCGAGCACCUGAACCGGGAGUGCAGCCUCUUCACUGAUGACUGCCGCUGUGUCAUCGUGGGCUCAGCUGCCUAUCUCCCAGACGAGCCUCACCCUCCUUUUUAUGAGGUAUAUCGGAACAGUGAGUCCGUGACCCCCAACCCCCGGUCCCCCCUGGAGGACUACUCCCUCCAUAUCAUUGACCUUCAUACUGGCCGCUUAUGUGAUACACGUACCUUCAAGUGUGACAAAGUGGUCCUGUCACACAACCAAGGGUUGUACUUGUAUAAGAACAUCCUGGCCAUCUUGUCAGUGCAGCAGCAGACCAUCCAUGUCUUCCAGGUGACUCCUGAAGGCACUUUCAUUGAUGUGAGGACCAUUGGCCGCUUCUGCUAUGAGGAUGACCUGCUCACUGUGUCAGCUGUUUUUCCUGAGGUGCAGCGGGACAGUCAGACAGGCAUGGCCAAUCCUUUCAGGGAUCCCUUCAUCAACUCCCUGAAACACCGGCUGCUCGUGUACCUUUGGCGCCGGGCAGAGCAGGAUGGUAGUGCAAUGGCCAAGAGGCGCUUCUUCCAGUAUUUUGACCAACUACGGCAGCUGCGCAUGUGGAAAAUGCAGCUUCUGGAUGAAAACCAUCUGUUUAUCAAGUAUACUAGUGAGGAUGUCGUAACCCUGCGGGUCACAGAUCCAUCACAGCUGAUUCUGCCUGUAACAGUUAGAGACUGUAUAAGGAAUUGUCUCCUAAGACCGUACCAGCCAUCCAUGGCAUCUUUCUUUGUGGUGUACAAUAUGGUGACAACAGAGGUGAUCGCUGUGUUUGAGAAUACAUCAGAUGAGCUUUUGGAGCUGUUUGAGAACUUCUGUGAUCUCUUCCGUAACGCUACCCUGCAUAGUGAAGUCCAGUUUCCCUGCUCAGCUUCCAGCAACAAUUUUGCACGGCAGAUCCAGCGCCGGUUUAAAGACACUAUUGUAAAUGCCAAGUAUGGAGGGCACACGGAGGCAGUACGCCGGCUGCUGGGUCAGCUCCCCAUCAGCGCCCAGUCUUACAGUGGUAGCCCCUACCUUGAUUUGUCUCUCUUCAGCUACGAUGACAAGUGGGUGUCAGUCAUGGAGCGGCCCAAGACUUGUGGAGAUCACCCUAUCAGGGCUAACAUUCCAUUAUCCGGAUGGGCUGUAAUUUCCUUGGCUAGUGCCCUGUUGAUGGACAUUUAGGUUCCAAUCUUCUUCCGUUACUCGCCGUGCCUCAAUGCCUACACACCUACGUUCAUCGCCUGCAAAUGAGCUUGACUGCAGCCUUCUACACGCCCACCUCCCUUUCUCCAUCACAUCUUGUGUGGCCACAUGUUUUUUGCCUCCUUCCUUUACUCCCAAUCCUUUGGUAAGAUUUUACCCCCAUUCGUCUUCCUAUCAUGACCCACCACACCAACUAAGCCAUAUCCGGUAACCUGGGGCAAUGCUGCUUUGCCAGUUUCCAAUCCUAAAGAUACCUGGUGAUCCUGCUGGGAUGAACUGAGGGGAUCAUCCUUUCACUCAAACACCAAUAACAUUCAUGCCUCGUAUGGAACUUCCUUCUGACUAAUUCAGCCAUGUGCCUGUCCCACUUUCUUGGUCUGUGAGCUCCAGGACAGGAAUGACAGUGCCAUAUCUGUUCUCCCUGUGCUUAGCCUGUGUUUGUGCAAUAGCCCAUGUUUGUUCACUUUGGUUGAAUAGACUUUUCUGCUUUGGUAGUGACCACUCCAUCACUGUGGGCUGAUAAUACUCAGAUUUAAAAAGCAAUGUAUCUAUCCAGGGUAGGAAAAAAUGACUAGAAAGAAAGAAUAAAGGAGUCCGGGGGAAGGCAUAUAUGCAUUAAAUGCCUUUUAAUUUAAUAUGCAUUAAAAAAAAUGGACAUAUGAGAGUCAGGUUGCAGGCAGAGGCGAUUGCAAAAUGGUUUCUCCUAAACUGCUGAGUUAUAUUCUGCCAGCAUCCAGGUACUCUACUGUUAAACAGGUUUAUUUUGGUGGUGAAGGUAUAGCUUGGUGUCGGGUCAUGACCUUGGCCAAAAGAAGGGAAAACAUUGCAUCUAUGCUGAAAGGAGAAAAAUUAUAUUUGCCUUUUUGCCUGCAGACGAGAGAAGAGAGGGGAGAGGGGAGGAGAGGCUUUCCUUAUGCAGCUAGUCCUGGGCCACCAGCUUUGUGCUUUGAUGUACUCAUAGCAAUAACGCAAGGCCCUGCUGCCAGGAAACAAGUAAGUGUGUUGUCACACAAGUUGAUGCCAACACUCUGCUUGUGCAAAUACUCAGGACCCAGUGCCAGGCUCUGCAUCUUCUCUGCCAGGGGGAAGUGCAAGCACACGGUCACCUGUGUCUCAGGACCGAGAGGCUGGCUUCGGAGAAGGGCUUGUGGCAGCAGGGGAAAGGGCAGCCUGGCAUUUAGAUGAACGAUAACUGCCUUAAGUGGUCAGUGAAGGUCCUCCCCUGAGGAGGGGCCAGCCUCUGAGGUCAAGACCCCACGAUUAAGAGGUGAUAGAAUCUAAGAGAGCACAAGUUCACUGGCCUCUUAGAGCCUGGACGCAGCAGGGCACUGAGGCUCCCAGCAGCAAAGCUGUGUGCGUUCCCCCUGGGCGCCCUGUCGACGGUGCUCCCCCCACCUGGCUCCCGGCGGUGGUGCCAGGCUUCCAUUUCUGGCCCUAAGACCAUUGAUCCUUUAGGGUCCCCUGUGUCCUGUCUACUUGUAGGCCCUCUCAGGCAGUACCUUCCUUUUCGAUGCUCUCUUGGGAAUAAAAUAACACUUUCUAAAACCACAGUGUAUGGAAGAUUUCACUUCUGGAAUGAUGGAGACCGCCUGUGCUUCCUCUUCUCCACGUGCCCCUCCAGAUCCAUUCUGCUGCCUGCGAGGCUGGCCCUCCAGGGAUGGCACCACCCUGCUCCCCUGCUCUGGUUCUUGUUGGGCUCAGCCACUGGGCACGUCAGGUAGCCAGAGGCUGGAGCCAUCAGCGUGUUUCUGUCCUCUCCCUCUGCGGGCCACGGCUUUGGCAGAGGCCGCAUCCCUGUGACUAGAGCGCCGCCAGGUUCUGGGGGCUUGUCCCUCCCCGGCUCCUGCUAGUCCUUGAGUGCUGCAGCCUCUUUAUCCCCUGACCCUGCCCAUGCCUCUCUAAAGGACUUUCUUUAAGCUUCUCUUUUGAACCGCCUGUUUCUUGCUCUGUUAAACUAAUUGCUCCAGGCCCUCUGUCCACCCGAAUAAAGGCCAAACCAUAUCACAUCACAGAGCGGUUUCUCAUGAGCCCCAUGUUUUUUACGCAACGUGUUUAUAUAUAGUUUUAAAGUGUAACUCCUUCCGUCGGUGGUUUCGACAAAAGAAGCCUCCAGUUGGGUUCCUUUAGUCAUUGGUCACAAGUUAACCUUCAUAGGUCCUGCUAAGGAUGGAAGAGAAGGCAGUAGAGAGACAUUUUCCUUCUAAAUUCACAUUGAGGUCUUGGACCUUUCCCUUUCUCUAACCUGUGUAACGCAGCAGCUUCCCUACAUAAGAGGGCAUUUGUGCAUUUACUACACAGGGUUCAGGCAAAUCGCAAUGCUCGGCUGGCUGUGCAGGCGUGGAGCCCCUCGGUGGUCGGCAGGCCCUUCCUGCAGACUCCCCUCCGACAGACAUGCACCUUUUCAUCUCCUG